AUGUCCUCCCUUCCUCACGUCCCCCCAGCUGGCGUCUGGGUCCCCGCCGUCACAGCCUUCGACCACAAGACCGACACUCUCGACGUCGAAGCCCACAAGAAAUACUGCGCGUACCUGUCCCGCUGCCUCACGGGUCUCGUCAUUCUCGGCACAAACGCAGAGGCAUUUCUCCUCACGCGCGAUGAGCGCGCCCUUGCCAUCCGCGCCGCCCGCGAGGCCGUCGGCCCCAAGUACCCUAUCAUGGCCGGUGUCGGCGCACACUCCACAAAGCAAGUCCUCGAGCUCGCCAAUGACGCCGCUGAGGCUGGCGCAAACUACCUCCUUGUCCUUCCCCCAGCUUACUUCGGGAAGGCGACCACAGCCGCGGUAGUCAAGCGUUUCUUCGCAGACAUCGCAAACAAGUCGCCCCUGCCGGUGGUCGUGUAUAACUUCCCCGGCGUAACAAACGGAGUCGAUAUCGACUCGGAGACAAUCACUGAUAUCGUACGGGCGUCCGCGGCUGCGUCUCCAACGGGCAAGAGUAACAUUGUUGGCGUGAAGCUCACCUGUGCGCAAGUCGCAAAGAUCACCCGCUUAACGGCCACUUUCAGCCCAGAGGAGUUUGCUGUAUUCGGCGGACAGUCGGACUUCAUUAUCGGUGGUUUGGCCUCUGGCUCCGCUGGGUGCAUUGCUGCGUUCGCGAAUGUCGUCCCCAAGACUAUAAUGCAGAUCUACCGACUAUACAAGGCAGGGAAGGUGGACGAGGCGCUGGCACUGCACCGGAAGGCUGCGUUGGCUGAGUCCCCGUGCAAGAGCGGGAUUGCAUCUACCAAGUACGCUGCUGCGAUUGUUUCGGCUUCUAGGGCUGGAAUCGCAGAUGCAGAGGAUAAGUUUAGGCCGAGAACUCCAUACGAGCCGGCGGGUGACGCGGCCAAGGCAAAUGUGCAGAAGGUCAUGGCGGAAAUCAUAGCUAUUGAGGAUAGCCUAUGA